UUUUGGUCAAAGUUCAGGUCAUACGAAAAUUUUAACAUUUUCCAGGGGGCAUCGAGUGUAAUUUAGAAGAAAGUUCAGCAAGCCUACACGUCAACACUAAAUUUUUUGAGCCAGUUGUUCUUUUCCUUCCGGCCCAAGAAUCUUAUCAACCCCCCCACCAAUCCAUACGAAGAACUCUUAACCGGACACGUCACUCACCCAACCAAAAUGCUCCACAAAUUAGCCGCCGUCUCCGCCACCACCACCUCGCCGGUACUUCUCCUCUCCGCCACCGCCUCUUCUUCCUCCGCUCUCUCCAACCCAUUCCUCGCUUUCCCCAAAAGACUCAAACUUCCCACCUCAAAGCCUCUCUCUUCCAGACCCAUCUCCCGUUCCCAGCCCACCACCAUGAACAUCCUCAACAAGCUCGGGUUCGGCGUCCGGUCCCCCGACCCGUCCGCCAUGGACCCGACGAUCCCCCAGAGCCCCGACGACGAUUCCCCCGCCCCCGGCCAGCAGUUCGCCCAAUUCGGAGCUGGGUGCUUCUGGGGAGUCGAAUUGGUGUUUCAGAGGGUUUCCGGCGUUACAAAGACGGAGGUCGGGUAUACUCAGGGUCUCCUCCACAAUCCUACCUACGAGGACAUAUGCACCGGUACUACAAGCCACUCUGAGGUGGUUAGGGUUCAGUUUGAUCCCAAGGAGUGUAGCUACGACGCUCUGCUGGAUGUUUUCUGGGCUAGACACGACCCGACCACCAUGAAUCGCCAGGGGAAUGAUGUGGGGACGCAGUACAGAUCCGGGAUAUACUACUACACACCGGAGCAGGAGAAAGCUGCAAAGGAGUCGAUGGAACGGCAUCAGAAGGCCUUCAACAGGAAGAUAGUGACUGAGAUUUUGCCAGCCAAGAAGUUCUACCGAGCUGAAGAUUACCACCAGCAGUACUUAGCGAAAGGUGGGCGUUUUGGUUUCAAGCAGUCCACUGAGAAGGGCUGCAACGAUCCGAUCAGAUGCUAUGGCUAAAAGGCGGGCAGAUGCUGGCAACUGCCAAUGUUCAUAUAUAUAAGCUCAUGGUGAAAAAUGUGUAGGGGUUAUGAUGUGGAGGUGACAAUAUGAGUUCUAUAUGCAGAAAAAUAAGCUGUGUAAUCUGUUACCCUGCCUGAAAGUGCAUAAGGGAGUGUUGUUUGGACCUGUUGGUUUGUGACGUGAUAUUAAAGCUGGUUUGAUCGUGGUCAUGAUGGUACGUGUUCAAAUCGUCCCAAUUGCUGGCUAUGAGCUUGGAGCCAUUGUUGUUAUGCUUUUCCCCGCCUUCCCUCCAAAGCUAGUUACUUUUGCAGAGAUGACAGGUUUCCUUUCUUAUACACUGCCAACAAAACCGACCGACGCCAUGUGCUUUGGCUGUCUGUCUCCGAAGAUACGAUGCGAGACCACGAGAUCAGUUGCGCCAAUAUGACAUGUGAUCAGUUUAUUGUAUAGUUCCUAACAAUAAGGCCCAAAAUGUGAAGACAAGAAAACCGCACUUGACGAUGCCGAUCGAAUCGAAGCUCUGUUCUGUACUUGGGAUUCACCGUCCGUCAGGCUGCUGCAAAUGCAGAUAAAAGUAUUGUUGUUCCCUUCUGCUUACUUGCAUGGGUUCUUCUUCGGGUUUCAAAAUGAGACUAAAAAUGCUCUAAUGGAUAUGAAUGGCAAUGUGGUUUGGGCAGGUUAAUCUAUUCAUACUCGUCACAAACUCAUGAGAGAAUUUGUAACCUCAUUCUUGUAACGGCAGAAUUUCAAGUACCCGUAGGUAAUACCUGCCUCGUAUAUUAAAUGUUACUAUAACUAGAAUUCAACAUGUAAAUCUUUGAUUAUCAUACUAAACGAACCAAAUAAGUCGUGAAAUCAACAAGGAUACAACCAUUCUUAAUACGAAGUCAAAAGCAUCCAAUCCUAAACAUUCAUUAAUUCAUACAAUAGUACAUUACGUACUAUCCAAAUUAUUCAUCUCGGACUCGACACAUGUACUAAGCAAUAAAUUACUGACAUCAUAAUAUUGUUAUCAAGGGGAAAGAAGUGAAGGAGUUAAGAGCGGAAUGAAGGAAAGAAAUCCGUGUUUGGUUCGAGUGACACUAGGGAACGUGACACUCAAUUACAUUCCAGGUCUUUUUUUUUUUAGUUACUCCUCCUAUCAUUGAGAGAUUAAAAUAUGAAUCAAAUAUGUUUGUAUACGGAGUAAUAUUCUUGGUGAGGCGAGUAAGAGUAUUGAGUUUGGGGAUGGGGAGGGUAGGGAAGUCUAAAACCAUACCUGUCAUAUCCGCAUCAAACUUUUUGGGCGGAGAGACAGUCAAGUACUCGCAGUGGUGGGGUUUGAUUGUCAAUCCCUACUAAUUGCUCAUCCAUACUCGCCCCCUAUCAAUAGAUUAGUAACUAAUUGAUAACCAUCAUAUCGGGAAAACAGUAAACCGCUAACCGACCGCGACUCUACUAUCAAAACAAAAAGGAAUGGUUGGAGAUCGAUCGAUUGAGGGAGCAAUGAGAUUGAGAGGGGAGAAAUUUGGGUUUUGGAUGAUUGAUCGAUCCAUCCAUAGGAAUGGAAUAAAAUAAAGAGACACAUACGAAUUCAGAUCAGAUCUAUAUAUAUUGUGUUGAUUAAAUUAAUUUGCAUGAUAUUCACUAAACGCACUACACAGUCUCGUGGGUUGAAAGCCCACUUUGCAUGUGACCUUAGUUCUUUCCUCCGACAACUUCCCCACUUCUUUUGUUCCUAUAUUUCCCCGAUUUGAUGAUCUGGGUAGAAGAAGAAGAAGAAGAACACUUAUAAUACAUAUAUAUAUAUAUAUAACAAAGUUUAAUUAAUACC